GGAUAUCAAAAAUAUUUUUUUAACAAGGCAAUCUAAUUGAUAGCCAUUUUGAAGAGCCUUUUGUUGGUGUUUUGUGAAUGUUUUCAACUCAAUUUUCUAAUAAUUCUAUGUUAUGAUAGUGUUUUCGAGACACGAAUCUCAUUAUUAUGAUUAAGAUUUAAAUAAGUACACUUUAAAUAACAGUGGUGUUUGUUUGGUGAAGGCGCAUUGUGAAAAAAAACCGGAAAGAAGGACUGCCGUAUAUCAGAUUUGUAAAAAAAAACUCUUAAAAUAUAGACAGUUAUUGUGACAGUGGAACGAUUUAUUUCAACGGAUAUUGUUAAUAAAUUUAGUUCAAUAGUUGCAACGGCCGUUAAUAUUUACGUCGCGUGUUUUGUUCGCUACGUAAAAUUUAGAUCGCCACAAGAUGGCGGCCGUCGGAUGCCCGCUCCGCCAAAACCCGCUCGCGGGGCCCGAUGUGUCAUCGGGUUGCGAGAGCUUCGGUGACAUGCUGUAAACCGGCGUCUCGCACCGCGGCCGAAUUUACCGGCCGCAUACGGCGAGGUUCCAUUUCAUAAAAUGGAAUUUCGCUCGAGGCGCCAAAAUGCGAUGGGUGUUGACAUAAGUGCAAUACCGUACCGUUACUCAGGCGGCAGUACGUAAAAAUCAUUGACAAAAAUGUGUGAGCCGGACGACGUCGGCAAUGAAGUGUGGAAGCGAUGGUUUCUGGAGGCGAUACACAAGAUACGCUCGCAGAAACAGAGGCCCAGUGUGGAGCGCAUCUGUCACGCGAUCAGACAGCAUCACAACUACCACGAAGAUGUUGUAGCGGAGCGGCUGGAGCUGGCCGUGCGCGAGGGAGCCGUGCUCAAGGUGUACAACAAGGGCCAAAGCUCCUACAAGGAUCCUGGGGGGCUGCAGAACAAGGUUUUGCGGAUCUCGCAGGAUGUGGACCUCUCUAGGGCCGUCGCGAAGGCAGUGCGCGAGUUGGGUGAGCGCGGUGGUUCUACGUUAAAGACUAUUGAAAGACAUUUGCAUCAAGCAUACCAAGUGACUGUGGAAAAAGAGGUAGACGUGCGCGCAGUUUUGCGGGCCGCCGUGAAGCGCGCGGUGGCGCGGGGUCUGCUGUCCAUACAGGCGGGGGCCUACAAGGCGACGGAGAGGCCGCUCACCACCUCAUCAGACCGCAGUUCCAAGCAGCGGUCUAAGAGCUCACAGGACUCCCCUGAAAAGAAAUCAAGUCCAGGUGGAGUGCCAGUGUGCAGCGAGUGCCUUGGAACUGAUGCUAGGAAUAGGGUGGGGGCUGUGGAGUCCCUCAUCUGCUGCCAGCAGUGCAAGUCCUACGCUCAUCCCACGUGCCUCAACCUACUCGAUCAGAUCACAUUACCUGUUGUUAAGUCUGUGCGGUGGUCAUGCGGCGCGUGCGCGUGGUGCUCGGUGUGCGGGUCGCGCGGCGCGGGCUGGGCGGGGCGCUGCUCGGCCUGCGCCCGCGCCGCGCACCCGCGCUGCGCGCCGCCGCCCUGGCGCUGCGCCCACUGCCAGCGCGCGCCCGCCUCCAAGAGAUCGUCUGCAGCGGGGACGCCGCGCGGCCGCAAGCCGCGGACGCCGGCGCGGCAGCCGGAGUCGGAGGACGAGCCGUCCGACGGUAACGCCCCGCCGCGGCCCACGCGCCCCCCGCCCGAACAGAGAAUGUCGAGAGAGAAACAAAAGUUUUUCAGAUUUUCCGCGUUCAAUCUAGUGAAGCGGCGCCGGCGCCGCUCAUCGUCCGGCUCGUGGGAGGGGUGGGGCGGGGUGCGCGUGACGCGCGUGCAGCGCCUCGAGCUGCGCCUCGAGCGCCGCCCCGCCUCGCCCCGCGCCUCGCCCCGCGCCUCGCCCCGCUCCGCCUCGCCCGGCGCCUCGUCGGACCGCUCGUCGGCCGCGGGGCUGGCGUCGCCUCCCGACCCCGAUUCGGCCGCGUCUGCCUCGGACUCGGCCGCCGAGCCCGCCUCUUCCAGCGACAGCGAGGAGCCGCCCGCGCCCGCCUAUGUGUCCACUGUGUUCGAACGUUUAGCUGCCGACUCCGGCCCUGGUGGUGUUUGGGGUUUCGCCGCCGAAGCGCAAAAACAAAAACAAUUGGAAGUCGAGCCGGUGAAUCAUAAGCAUCUCGAAAUAGAAGCUCAGAAAUUGAAAAGACUGGAAAUAGGAGCUCACGAGCAUAGACGGCUAGAAUUCGAACUGAGAAAGCAGAAGAGGCCCGAUGUCGAACCGCAAAAAAUUAAAAGACUGGAAGCUGAUUCUAAACCGAGAAGAAUCGAGUGCGACACCAAAUCGCGAAGGCUCGAAGUGGAACCUAUUCAGAAAAGACUGGAGCCCGAUCCGCCGCGGCCAGAGCCCGAGAGACAUCACAUAGCGCGGCGGCGCAGCCGGUGCGGGGAGCGGCUGCUGACGACGCUGUUCGACGGGCUGUCGGAGUUCUACUCGGUGCGGUCGGCGUCGCGGUCGGCGUCGCGGCCGCGGGCGGCGCGGGCGCGGUCCGAGUCCCGCGGCGGCUCGGAGGCGCGCACGGUGCUGAAGGAGACGCGCAGCACGUUCCGGCGCUACCAGGCGUCGCUGCGGCCCGGGCCCGGGCCCGGGCGGGCGGGCGGCCCGCCGGCGCUGUCGGCGUCGCAGCUGGUUAGGACGGCGGCGGCGCACAAGCCCCGCGCGGCCGCGGCCGACGCCGACAAACUGUACCGCGGCGUCGCGCUGGCGGGCCGGCAGGCGGGCGGCAGGCCGGCCACCGAUCAGACGGAGGGCAAGCGAUUGCCGGCCGGCGUGACGGAGGGCGACGCGGAGCUGUUCAACGCGGCGCUGUCGGCGGCCGGCGCGGACGGCGGCGCGGCGCUGGUGCCGGCGGGGGCGGGCGCCGCCACUGCGGCGGGCGCUGCGCCCCCGGGGGCUGACACGCCGGCCGCCGCGGCCGCGCCGCCUCGCUGUCCGUCCGCCAUAGAGUUUGGCCAGUGGGAGAUCGCCACCUGGUACUCUAGCCCCUUCCCACAGGAAUAUGCCAGGCUUCCUAAACUGUUCCUGUGCGAAUUUUGUCUGAAAUACGCGAAGAGUCGGGCGGUGCUGUUCCGUCACCUGGACAAGUGUCUGUGGCGACAUCCGCCCGCGACGGAGAUCUAUCGCUGCGGCGAUAUAUCCGUCUUCGAAGUGGACGGCAACGCCAACAAAAUCUACUGUCAGAACCUCUGCUUGCUUGCCAAACUGUUCCUCGAUCAUAAAACACUGUACUACGACGUUGAGCCUUUCCUCUUCUAUGUGCUGACGAAAAAUGACAGCAAAGGAUGUCAUCUAGUCGGCUACUUCUCCAAAGAAAAACAUUGUCAGCAGAAAUAUAAUGUUUCGUGUAUUAUGACGAUGCCGCAGUACCAGAGGCAAGGCUACGGGAGGUUUCUCAUCCAUUUUAGUUAUUUACUAUCGAAAGAAGAAGGACAACCUGGCACACCGGAAAAACCUUUGUCAGAUCUCGGCAGAGUGUCAUACCAUGCAUAUUGGAAGUCUGUAAUCCUUGAAUAUCUGUAUGACCACAAAGAUAAACCAUUUACAUUCGAAGACAUCGCUCACACGACGGGGAUGCAUAUGAACGACAUCGCGGUAACGUUUCAGUUGCUCGGUUUCAUUCGACACAUUCCCAACGAUGAGACGACCAAAUUAGGACUUUGCAUAGACUGGAAUAAAGUUGAUAACCAUAUGAACAAAGUAAAGAGCAAACCUCGGCUGGAGAUUGAUCCUGAGUGUCUGAGGUGGACUCCUCUGCUAGCGCCCACUGUGAAUCCGUUCAGAUCGCCAGAGGAAGCUUCCGGCGACCAGGAGACUGAGAACGAUGACGCCGAGUGCAAGACUGAGAGCGAGGACACCGCCACCGAGUGUGAAACUCCCGCGCCCAAAGACGAACCCGCGGUGAAAACUAACGCGGACAGCGAGACUCCCGAGCCUCCUGUCGAAGUCACGUCGUCCGGCAGGAGACGGACGAGACCGCUCAAGUACAGCGAAACUACGUACCAGACCACUCCCACUCUCGCGGAUGGUACGCGGAAGAGAAGACGAGAUGUUAGCAGAAAGAUUUCCGAAAAUAACCUGGAAGAAGAGAAGAAUAAAGAGGAAGAAACCCCUCGUAGACAGAGAAGUAAAAGCGUAGCAAGAAGAUCAUCCAGAGUAAUACAGAAUGACGUCACUGAAGAGCCGACACCCAGGAAUAGGAGACAGAGUGUCAAGGAACCAGCCUAUGCCUCUGACAGUCAGGAGAGUCAAGAGAGUAUAGAUAUGGACGCCAUCACCCCAACAGCUAUCCCUGUCAAACCUAAGACUAAAAGAAAAAUGACGUGGAGAGGGCGCGGAAGGAAGCGGCAAAAGGUUAAUAAGACUGCGAGGACCUCAUCGCCGGCAUCCAAGAAAGCUAAACUUGAUGACUCUAAGGAACAAGCCAAUGAUUAUAAAACUGACAACUCAAUGGAGCCCAGCCGCACUGCGCCCGUUGAGGAAAAUAAUAGAUCUCCUAAGGACAAACUUGAGGACAAAACUCAGGAGAAAAGCAAGAACUCUGACGCGAGUUCCGAAGAUUCUUCAGGCGAAGCUGAUGACGAGAUGGACGUUGAGGAAGGUGAGGAAAGGAAGGUCGUCAGCAGCAAGCCGGCGUCUCCGCGACAUAUUGAAGAGAACAGCACAGACCAUCAUACCAGUGACAUGGAACUUGACAGUAUACACAUGGAUUCGCCGAAAUCCAUCGCCGAGAAAGACCAAGUUAUUAAAGAGGCUAGUGAUAAACCUGAUGAUGCUCCCACUGACAGUAAAACUGAAGAGUCCAAACCUGAGGAAGAAACAGUCACUAAGGAUGACCAGACUGAGGAAAAUAAAUUAGCUGAACCUAGAAAUGGUGAAAUGAAGUCUCCUGCAAAACCAGCACUGGAAGAUAAGGAAACUAUCAUAAUAUCUGAAUCUGACGAUAACAAUAGUCAGAGCUGUCCACUACCGUCACCUAAACCUAACUCAGUGGCUCCUGUACAACAAAACAAUGAGAACAAACCAAAGGAGGUUGAGGAGAAAGAUAGUCCGUCUAAAGUGAUUCCAGUGGUGUCGACAGAGAACGCACAUAUUGUACUAGAUCCUAGUGCCAGUGUACAGGAUGAAGUGAACACCAAAAAGUCAUCAGUCGACCUCAUUGUACCGAAAGUGCAUCAAAUUGAGACUAUCGUUGUGGAAGGCGAGGCCGACAACACAAACACCACCCACACUGACCUAUCACCAAAGAAGAUGGACACCUCGGUUAUUAACGAAUCACCUAAACCUAGAAGAUCGCCAGAAAGUAUGAACAUCGAUGCAAUUGGUGACCAGAAACAAUGCGAUGUUAGAAAGGAGACCGUAAUACAGCAUCAGAACACAGACGAAGCUAAAAAUGCGGAUAAGAAAUCGUCACCAAAUAAAAUAGAUAUUAUUCAAAAUUUAGAUAAUACUCAAAGAGAUAUAUCUAGUUUGAAGAAGCCGGACCCCGUCAAAAUAGAUAGUUUUACUGAAAUUGAUAGUAGAAAUAAAUUACCUAAUCCUAUUGUUAGUAGGGAAAGCGAGAUGCCGUUUCGCAACGACCUGCUUAACACUAGAAAGGAUGAAAUUAUAAUUACAGCUAGAAACGUCAUAGAACAGACAUCAAUGCAAAACUUCCAAAAUCCAGUGAGUAAUUCUAUGACGAUUCAGCAGAUUAACACAGCUCAGCAUUCGUACCUGAAUCACCGAGCGAAUGUGAGCAAAGAGUCACAGGCGGUGCAAACUGAUAAAAUUCUCGUCAAACCUAGUGAACAGAACCGCGUUAUAAACAACACCCUCGACUCUGCGCCUGUUAUAAGUAAAAGUACUACUAAAUUGGAAGUGCCGCAUCCUAUAUCUUCCCCAGUAAUUAACCCAGUUAUACCAAAAGUGCCCAAUGUGACUGACAUCAAUUUUUUACCUCGAUGUCAGAGCGCUAACGCGGCCGUAAGUAUGGGAUUAGAUAGAACAGAUUUAGAAGCUAGUUUCGGCAACAGCGCUCUUCAAAACUCUUUGACUGGAUCAAUGAGCAUAGUCCAAACUAAUUCACAAGACUGCAAAAACGAUCCUAAUUUAAAACCGAGAGAAAAGAGUAAACUUCGCGACGUUCGAGUUAACUCUGCUCACAGCAAGCUAGAGAAAACGGACAAGAAAACCAAGAAUGACACGCCGAGAAGUACGCCCGAACCUAAGAUGUUUUUUCCCGACCAAAACCCAAACUCUAGGAAACCAGAGACGUCAGUCCCUAUAAACGUGAUAAACUCCGUGCCGGUCACGAGUAAAGUGGACACUAAGACUAACGAAGCACCGAAAAAGCAAGAUUUUUUUAAGAAAGAGAAGUCAAACGCUUCUAAAUGUGACUCAAAGAACCAGUCUGUGAAACAUGACAAGAGUUGUACGGCUCAGCUCAACCUGAAAGCCGAUCAGAAUGAACUAAACAAAAUGCUACCCAAAUUCAAGUAUGAUAAUGAACUAGUGCCUAAGGCGGACUACGCUAUGAACCAAAUUCCCAACUACCACACGACGCACGGACAGUACCAGUGGCCGCCCUGGGAUCCCACGCGGAUACAGGGCACUUGGGAACAUAAUAGAUUUUUAGAUAUGAAGAAUAUAGUUAGUGACAAAAACUAUUUGGAUAAGCAUCAAGGGUUCAACCUGCCUCAUUUAGAUCAAGUACAAAAGUCGCCGCAAAAAUUGCUGCCAAAAUAUGAUCAGAAGGACUUCCAUAAUAUAGCUUACAACGCCUUGAGCAGUAGUUUAUACGCAACGACUCAGUUGCCGCACUUUAAGGAGACUAAGACGCCGACCUCUAAAGCGGAAUGUUCACAGAAGAAUGACUGCAAGCCCUCAAAACAGUCAAAAACAACGACAGCUUGUCAGACGCAGUGCGAGCCGAAGAAGUCUCAGUCGCAGAACACGGCCGAGCAGAUGAAGCAGAUGAUGCAGAGACAGGUGAACAAGCAGCAAGAGGUGGCGACCAGCUGCGCCGAGUACCGGCAACAGAGCUCACAGGUGUUGACUUCUCCUAGUUGCAAGACGCCGUUCAAUCAGAACGGUCCUUGCGGCCAGGAGAAGGAGAUUGAGAAGAAGUCUCGGCAGCAGAAGAAGGAGGAGGCCCCUAAGGAUACUAGUAAGGAGGAGUUAUGUGAGGCGGUCAGUCCCGCUCUGCAGUCGAUGGGGGUGUACACCCCGGACUCGACGAGCAACUCCGUGCACUCGGUGCAGUACCCGGCGUGCGAGCUGGACGUGAGUCAGCUGGGGCUGGAGUCGCCCACCAGCAUCGGGUCGGACCUGGCGUCGCCGUGCUCCAUGAUGCACAUGCACCCUGCGCCCAGUCCGCAGUACUCCUCCAUACACAUCCCGUCCAUCAUGAGCCAGCCUAAUCAACCGCCUAAGCAGCAGAAGAUUAAUAAUAGAAAUAGAGGCAGCGCGGGCGCGGAGAGCAAGGCGGCGGCGCGGGGCGCGCACACGCCGCCCGCGCAGCAGCCGCGACACCGCGCCACGCCGCCCAUACAGCCGCAUCCGAGUUUUUUGGACGCAGCGGCGGGCGGCGCGGUGAUGCAGGGCGGGUCGGGCGGCUACCAGGGCGGCUACCUGAGCUUCCAGCAGCAGCAGCAGUACCAGGCUGGCUGGCCGCCGAGCUGCUCGCUCGCUAAGCUGCAGCAGAUGGCUGAGGCGCCGCAGCACCAUCCGCCGCAUCAGUACGGUCAGCAGUCGAGCACUCCGCCGGCGGCGCCGAGCGGGCACUACCACGCCGCCGCCAAGUACUACCCGCCGCACAACCAGCUCGACUCGCCACGCAACACCAGGAAUACCUCAAGCAACUUGAGCCCGAUGCAGCACAUGCAGAUGGCGCCGGGCUCGCGCAUGUCGCCCAACCUCAACACGCACAUCAUCAGCCAGUACGGGCUCAACGGCUACCGCGUGCCGCCGCAGCAGCAGUUCAACAACCUGCAGAUGAUGAACGUGCAGCCCGCCGUGCAGUACGGCGCCGACCCUCGAGCCCAGCAGUCCAACGUGUACUACGGCUACAUCAACCCGCCGCCGCCGCUCGCCAUGCAGACGCUCAACUCCACCAUGCGCCGGUAGCGACCGCAUCGCUGCUAGCUAGCCUUCGCGCUAACACCUCUUAUUAUUAUAGUUUUGUAUCAUAUGUAUGUAAGUCACGUUUUGUUUGAAGCCCAGUAUCCGGUGAGCUGAAUAAAAGUACAAAAUUGCAGAUAAAGUAUUUAAAUCUGUUUAUAAUAAUAAAAAUAAAUACGUCACGGAAAUGUAGCAUAAUUCUAGUGCAAUAAAUGUAUGUACUCUGAUAGUAAUCCGCUUUGUUUUGUAACGUGAUGAUGAAGUAUUGAGCCCUCUGAGAGAACUGUGAUAUCUGACGAUUGGACAGUCCGAGGCGCGAGCUCGAUUCGUAAAUUAAUAUAUUCUCGAUUUCCAAAGAAACAAUGUAAUGUUAAGUCUUUGGUUAUGUUGAACUAAGUGCAAUGUUUUACUGAUCGCAGAUUGUACUUGAGAUGUUAAGAUUCGUUUGGAACUCUCGUAUUUUAUAUGUAUAUGGUGUUUACGUUUUGAUGUAUUUGUAUGUCGCGACCGCGAGUCGCUUGUACAGUCGCCGUUGUGUAAUUAUAAUUUUACCAUAGGAUCCUAGUUUGUCUGAAUCUGUUCUAAGUGCCUCUCACGUCCCGUCUGUCUGCUUGACUUCCGUGUAACAUAUUGUAAAUGUAAUCGCUUUGGAUUGUAUCAAGGCUGUAUACAUAUAGAGCUGAUAAACUUAGUGUAUUUGUAAGAUACGGUUUUUAAUUUGAUCAUUGUGAUAGUGCACUGACUAGAUAGAGGAGAGAGUGCAGGCCUCGGCCCCGUGACGACUUCCGUGGUUACUUACGUAAACAGGCCUAAUGGACGGAGGUUUUUUAUAUUUUAUAUUCUUUUUACACAGUUAGUUUUAAUGUUUUUAUAAUUGCGAUGAUAAUUUUCUUUUAACGCUUCGCUUAAGGAUUAUGUUCGUGUUAUCCCAGUAAUUUAUUGCCAAAUGUUAUUAACACUUACGGUUACUAUAAUUACGAUUUAAGUAUUUUUAGUUGUCGUGUUUAGUUCGGUCGUGUCGCACGUGUAGGUAGGUGCGGGCGGGCGGCGUCGCUCGGUCGGUCGGUCGGUCGGUCGGUCGGUUGGUCGCUCGGACGCGUCGCCCGCCCCGACUUAUUUGUAAGAUCUGCUCCUCUAAGGUUAUGAAUGUUAUUUGUUACUAAUGUGUAGUAUAUAAAAUAUUGUAAAUACAAUAACAGUAAGAAACAUGUAGCAGGUGUUAUCACACAAAAUAUAAUUUUGUGAAAA